CGCGAUAUCGACGAACAAACACAGGAACUCUUAGGGCCGCACAAUAGCCGUAAGGGCUCAACGCAUGGCGAGUACCCGGAGAUUGUGCUGACGGCCAAUAGUAAACACCAUAACCAUCGCAAUAACCACCACAACAACACACAUCAUAAUCAUAAUCACAGCUACGAUGACCACGCGCAUAGUCAUCACCACCAUGGUCACUCGCACGACUAUAGUCACGUGCAGGGCGCCGGUAGCGUAUCGUUUUUCAUACUGAUGUUCGCCACGAGUGUGCACUCGGUGUUUGAAGGCCUGGCGCUGGGACUCCAGAGGGACCCGACAAAAGCGCUGCACCUAUUCAUUGGUAUAAUACUACACGAGUGUUUGGUGGCGCUGGCCCUGGGGCUCAACGCGGCCCGACUCGACCCCGGGCUCAAAACCAAUCUACGCUUUUCGGCCGUAUUCUCGCUGACAAUACCCGUCGGGAUUGUGGCGGGAGUGGCGCUGGGGGUCACGCCUGGCCUAUUUGGUCGGUCUAUAUCGGCCCUAUUCCAAGGGCUGGCGGCGGGCACUUUCAUUCACGUCACUUUCCACGAGUUAAUACCCGCCGAGUUUAUGGGCAGUCACGGCGAGGGCGGGGCCGGGACAAAAUAA